AUGGACGGCUUUCGCGCGAAGCGUAGCUUGGUUUGGUGUCUGCUGUGCUUGCGGGUAGCGGCGCACCCUUGCGAGCAGGAGGUACAGAGCGCAUGCCCAGACCGGCCUGGGUCGGAGCUGGCGAGGUGUCUCAAAGACAAGUCGGAGCAUGAGAGGCCCACAGACAUUACAUCGGCUUGUGCCGAUUUCAUCGCGCUCAAUGUGGCUUGUGCCGAUGACAUCGUCAAGUCUUGUGAUGAGGCCUUCUUCUCAGACGACACUUCUUUGUGCCUCUCCACGUGGACGCAGCCAGAGGACCUCUCGCCGAAGUGUGCGGGGGUGCUGGAAUGGGCCUUGCCAAAGCAUGAGGCCGUUGAGGAGGGACCAACGGAUGAGCUGGGCAUGUCCGAGAAGGACUACGCUGACAAGCGCGAGUGGCAGGCUUUGGCGGCUUCGCCGCUGCCAAGAGACCUGGUGCUUUUGCUAGGCGAAGCGGCGUGCUGGCCGCAGUGCUGCGGUUGA